GUUAACGUCAUAGGGCGAGCGCCAGGCACGCACGCACGCCGAGGGGGAAACGUCGAGUUCCGGGUGUUCAGAGUCGACCCCAAACGGGGGGGAAGGGUGGUGUUCUCGGUGUCGGAGUGGGCGGAGGGGCGUGAGGAAAGUCCUACGGUGGCCGCAGAGGGACGGCGCUACGGCUCCCACGCUGGGCCAAACGCCGCCGGCCUCCGGCCGCCGGAGCCCCUGGCCCUUCGGGGCAGGUGGGGACGUGUGAGGCACCGAGCUCCGCAGCCACCGCGCCGUCGGCACCAUGCGGCUGCCCUACUCCUGGAGCCCCGAGGGACAGGGGGGCUCGCAGGCCGGGACGCCGGCGCGGAGAGGGCACCCGGCCCAAGCCUCCCCCGGGGCUCAGCUGUGGGCUCCUGGGCCUAGGUGCCCAUGACACGUGCGCUGACUGCCACCCGGAAGCCGCCUCUGCUGCGAGCUAGCGCCGCCGCCCAGGCCCCAAUGCCGGUCAUGCCCAUCCCGAGGCGGGUGCGCUCCUUCCACGGCCCGCACACCACCUGCCUGCACGCGGCCUGCGGGCCCGCACGCACUUCUCGCCUGGCGCGCACCAAGUACAACAACUUCGACGUGUACGUGCGGGCACGUUGGCUGUACGGCUUCAUCCGCUUCCUGCUCUACUUCAGCUGCAGCCUCUUCACAGCCGCGCUGUGGGGCGCGCUGGCUGCCCUCUUCUGCCUGCAGUACGUGGGCGUGCGCGUCCUGCUGCGCUUCCAGCUCAAGCUAUCAGUGCUGCUGCUGCUGCUGGGCCGCCGGCGCGUGGACUUCCGCCUGCUCAACGAGCUGCUAGUCUACGGCAUCCAUGUGACCAUGCUGCUGGUCGGGGGCCUGGGCUGGUGCUUCAUGGUCUUCGUGGACAUGUGAGCGCGCUGCGGCCUGCUCCGGGCUUGGUUCCCAGGACUGUGGGGUCGACCCGCCUCUUCUUGAGGCAGGUAGGUCAGGGCCCUUGUCUGUCACUCUCCAUCUGGCAGAUGGGUCUCUGCCUGGGCCAGGAACAGGCGGAGACUUCUGCGAGGGGGGCGCUGCGCCCUCCCAUCCGCCCGAUCUCUCUCCUGCGUCUCCUGUGUGUGCUCAGGCACAAUGUCAUCCUGGCCACCUCCCUGUGCUUCCAGCCUGCACUUUCCAGGCCAUGCUGUGUCCCUGGCCAUUCUCCAGGACACUGGAGAGAUGUGCAGCCCAGGGGCAGAUCUGGAGGGGGUCCUCCUGGCGGUGCACCCGGUCCCUGCCCUGGGGGAGCAUCAGGUUCCAUUCACCACACUGCCACCAAGCUGUUCACCCUGCCCUCUGCCACCCCAGUCCAGGCAUAGCCCGCAGGCCCUCAUCCGCCUGGCACCCUGUGAUGUCAGUCCCAGGGUGGUCUUCAGGGUCGCCUUGGUUUGUGCAGACGCAGUCUGCCAGGCAUCACAGCCUCAGCGGGGUCCGGCCCAGGGCAGGCCUGUCUUCCUCCUGGGCAGGUCUAAAUGAGGGUUUCUGGGAAGGCAACGCAGUUCCUUCCUGGCUUUGGGGGGUACUUUUGGUCUCUUUUCCUGUGAGGAGACACCCGGAGUUGAGACCUAGGUGUCUGGAACAGAGGUCAGAGGUGGUGGGAGGCACCCUUGAGUGUGCGCCGCAAAACCUGGGCAGACCCUGCAUUUCAAAGCACCUCCCGGAGUCGAGGCUGCGGCCCAGGGCUGGGUUUCUAAGCUGGGGCUCAGCUGCCCCGUUGCUCUCGCCUUUGCAACUGUUGGUGUGAAAAGCAAAAAUAAACACGGCCAGGAAAGAGCAAAGGGCUAGUGGUCUGGGGGCGGCCUUGGUUGCAGGGAACACUCUGCAGAGGCAUCUCGUCCAGAUCCCUCACUCUGGCCUUCUGUCUCAGGGGGACAGGGUGGCACAGUGGGCCUCCUCAGCCAGGGAGAGGGCACUCUGAAUAAUUGUGCUGGGACAGCAGACAGACACUGGCCCAGGAUAUAGGGCCACUGCUGCUACACCCCAGGUCACCCCAUACCCCCCAGGCAUGGGCAGUGGUCCCCGGGGGCACUUUCAGGACUGUUUGUGCCACUGGAAGAAAACCCAAAUCAGGGGGAGAGAGAGUAGAGACCCUUGGCUGUGACCACGCCACAGUCCGGAGUCAGCCGUCGGACGGCUGUCCGUGGAGGGGCUCCCCUGGGCGGCACGAGCUGCAUGUCUGAGACCCGGACAGCAGUGAGGGGCCAGCCCGAGGGGACCCCACUUCUCUGCGCUGCAGAGUCUUUUGCACUAGGUCACGCUGGUUCCUAAAAGCUUUGUUUGUGUUCAGUAGCUCACCUCGCUCAGAUCCCACGGAGCCCACUGGCCUGGGCGGGCGUGUGUCCACGCCAUCGGGAUGGUGGGAGGGGUCGGCUGUGCGCCGCCCGAAUGUCCGCCUGGCAGUACCGGGAGCUGACACGCUCGGUGUGCAGCUGCUCGGGGGCUCGAGUGCCUGUGAAUUCUUUAGGAAAUGAGCCACCUGCAUUAAACUUAUUUUUUUAACGCA